AUAAUUAUUAAAAUGAUUAAGUAAAUCGAAUUUAAUUAUUAUAUCAUACGGUAUUAUUAUUAUUUAUAUGAUUAGUAUAAAUCGCAAAUUAGUUUGAAAUAAGAAUUAAACAUCAGCUAGUACCAGUACACAAGUAACACUUUCAUUUUAACAAAGAAUAACUCUCAGGCACGAUUAUUAUUAUUAACAUUUUAAAUUUGCAGAGAAUCCUAUACAGAGAGAAUAUUGACAAAGAUUUUAUUUUUUGGGUUAAGAAGCUCCGUAUUGUCUAUUGAUACGUUUGUAGCAAAAAAAAAAAGAUUUUUACAUAAUUUACAACAGUUUGAGUCUUUCUUGGUGCAUGGACAUUUUUAUACCUGUGAAAGACGCAAAAUGCCAUUUCUGUAUAUCCAUAAUUCGCUGUAAAUGUCCAUAAGCUUUUCUUGUACAGUUACAUAACCACACUUUGAUAUGUGCGCUUUAAGAUGUUUGAUCAUGUUUUCUGACACGAAGAAUAGAGUGACAACAAAGAGGACUUUGCAGACAGACAUUUGAAUACAUGCAAACCGCGAUACAUCCCACCUGACUGGGACGUCAGGUGGGAGGAAAUCGCGCUCCACUGGACACACCUGACCUACCUGACGUUCGGGUGCACCAUUCUUAAACGUGACACCAGGAAUAUAUUUCUUGAAACAGAGGUAGGUUACACGACUUUUUCGCCUGUUUUAAUAAUCACACGGAAGAGGAAUAUUGAAGGAUAAAGAGGAUGCCCAAACCUACCUCCAAAACCCAGAGUGUGCUCAUCGCCUUAGUUGUGUUGGCAUGUUUCGUGGCAAUAUUCUGCAUGUACCACGAACCAACCAGAACUUGGUUUAAAUGUCCUGCUGCUCAGGUCCUGACAAAUAAUGUCAGUGCAGAACUUUGCCUCCGUCUUCUUAAGAUGGAGAACUAUACUCAAACAGACUCGAACAACAACUGCAACAGCGACUCGGAGACAAAGCAAGGACAACACCCUGGAACAACGACAACGCCAAGACCACCUACAACUACAACAGCUACAAAACUGACUACAGCAAAGAGUGAUCCAGAGACCAUUAUUUUAAUCUGGAUGUGGCCUUUUGGUGCCCCUUUCACCAUUUUACCCUGUACAAUAUACAACAUUGACGGCUGUCGUGUAACAGCUGACAGAAACCUGUAUAACCAAGCUGACGGUGUUCUGAUUCAUCACAGAGACAUCACAGGGGAUAUAUCCAACAUUCCGCAACAACCACGACCCGUCUUCCAGAAAUGGGUUUGGUGGAAUAUGGAGUCUCCAACCCAUUCACAACAUUAUCCUCAGCUAAAGGAACUGUUCAAUUUGACUACGAGUUACCGCCGAGAUUCGGAUAUCCCAGUACAGUACGGUUCACUAGUUCAGACCAACGGUGAGGAGAUAAACUACACAAUCCCCCAAAAAGAUAAAUUAGUAUGCUGGAUAGUAAGCAACUGGAAUCCCAACUAUAAACGGACACAUUUCUUUAGUGAGUUUUCGAAGCAUAUCGCAGUCGAUGGCUACGGUGGACACUUCAACAGACGUAUUAAUCAGGAUGAUUAUUCGAAGACGGUGGGGAGUUGUAAAUUCUACCUGUCCUUUGAGAAUUCCGUUCAUAAAGACUACAUAACGGAAAAGGUGUUCAACCCUCUAAGGAUUGGCACGGUUCCUGUGGUUCUUGGCCCGCCCAGAGAGAACUACGAGCAGUAUAUCCCAAGUGGAGCAUUCAUCCACAUAGACGACUUCAAGACCCCAAAAGAUCUGGCGGAUCAUCUGAAAAGUUUGGACCAAAAUGAGGACUUAUAUAUGCAGCACUUUACCUGGAAAAAGAAUUUUAUUGUAACGCAUAGCAGUUUUGGCCUGGAACAUUCCUGUAUGACCUGCGAAUAUAUUAAAAGGUUUCAGAACUACAAAGUGGUGAAGGAUCUCAACAGCUGGUGGUUCGUUUAGAGAUACGCAGAUGGACCAGGGAGGGAACCGCGUGUGUUUCUAUGUUGGUCCAGGCUGGCACACAGCAAAGGAGUUUUCUUUCUGGUAAUGCCGGUGUUGAACACUGCUGGAGGUGUAUCGUUAUUGUCAAGCCUCUGACUGUAACACAACAUGUACUGGUGGCUGGCAAUCCUGGUUAGCUUGGAGGCAAACCUUGUUUUAAACGUAUUGUGUUGAGACUCGAAACAUGUCACAAAUGACAUUUUAACACGUAUUCUCCACCUCCAACUUAUUUUCUUAUUUUGCCAAGCAGAUUUUUAUGCACACUGCAAACACAUUUUCCAUUCUUUUUUAGAAACUGAAGUCAUUCUUAAAAUUGUUUUGUGCCAUCAUGCCACAGAUGAUAUGUAAACUUGCUUCUUUUCAGGAAAUAUUCAUUAAAUGUUGUUUUGUCAAAGUUGUGGCUGCAUAUAUGGGCAGACACUUGCAUGUGCCAUUACUUUAUUGGUCAACAUUUUUAAAAAGGAAUUUGGUCCUCCAAUAUCCCUGUAUAUUAAGCCAUGGUUAACAUUUUAGAAAGGCCUACUUAAAGGUUAUAAAGCUUCUUGCAGCUUUGUGAGCGCUCUGGUUUUUCUACUGUUUGGCCAAAUGCUCAUGUUGUAAAAGAUGUGUGAGGGACACGUUUUUAGGACAACAUUUGGGACACUAUAAAAAAAGGUGCUUCAAAAGGUUCUUCGAUGCCAAAGAACCUUUUGGUUCCAUAAAGAACCUUUAACUUCUGAAGAACCUUUUUGCUUUACAAAAGGUUCUUUGUGGCGAAAAAAGGUUCUUCCGAUUAUAAAAAGUAAGAAAGAGAUGGUCGUUUAAAGAACCUUUGACUUAAUGGAUCUUUGUGGAACCAAAAAUGGGUAUUCUAUGGCUGGCAUCGCUGUGAAGAACCUUUUAAGCACCUUUAUUUUUAAGUGUAUGUGUGUAUGACCUAUAAUGACAUGUAGAGAAAGACACUUUUAUAUACAGUAGAUAGCAUAAUGACAUUGGCAUAUAUACAUGGACAAAAGUAUUGGUGUACAUAAGCCCUUUUGAUGAACAGGUUUGACAACUUUAGUCAUUUCCAUAAGCACAGCGAUCUAAUGAAAUUCAUUAUAAUGAUAUUAGAAUUGUGUGCUCUAAUGCUAUAGCAACAGUUUGGCCAGGGCCCUUUUGUAUUCCAACAUGACAAUGCCUGUUGCACAAAGCAAUGUUCAAAAAUAAACAAUUGAUUCAGUCUGGUGUGGAAGAACCCAGCCGAACACUCACCUGAACCAAUCAAUGAUUUGUACACAGAGUCGUUUCAGAACAACAAAGAUGGAAACGAAGUUGUUUGAUGUGGUAUUGUAUGGUAUUUUUGGAACAACUAGAAUAGAUAAACAUAUUUAUUAGAAGGGGGCAUCCCAAUACUUUUCUCCUUAUAUAUUACUGUAUAUAUUAUUUUAAGAACAUAUAUUAACUUUGAUAUAUUUAUUUUUUAUUUUGGUGCUUGUAAUGUUUCUUAUGAGUGAGCCAUUGGGAUCUGAGCCAGUCUUGAAGUCUUUACCUGUUAUUGCCCCAUGAUCUAGCGUGUGCCAAGCAACGACAAUGUGCAACUAAUCCAGCCAAUAAUACACAAGCGUGUCUUUAAGUUAUUCUCAAACGGUCUGACUCUGUUCUGCUGCUAUUUGUCUAACUUUCAGUCAUUGAUGCUAUAGGGCAAACGAUGAACAGAUACAAUGAAUUUUCAACAUUUCUAAAAGUAAACCAAGCUUGCUUGGAUGAUAGUCAUACAGUAACCUAUAGAUAAUAAUCUCGACAAACCUGCAACAGACAAGAAGAAACGUCAGAAAGAAACAUUGAUUGUGUUAUUGUUGUGUAUGUGUUGCUCAUGUGUAACAUGUCCAGCAUUUUGCAUUUCGUUCAUGUAAUGUACUUAUGUGGUCAGGCCCAGAAAUAUUAAAGCGGACGUAACACACGCAGUUUCUGCCAAUCUCAUAUUAAUCUUGAGCACCUAUAGAGUGGCACUGCAUACUUUGUGUCUUCAAAGAGUCUUUAGUUUGAUCACAUUUAUAAAAGAUAGAUAGAGCUUUACGACUAUUUUCGACUA